GCGAGCCGCUUCAACCGUCUGACUACAUGGAAGAAACACCGAGAACACAACUGGAGGAGACGCCGGAGCUCGACGGACUGCAGUCAGGAUGGUCUAUAUCGCCGCUAUGCCCUUUGGACACGGAGUGUCUGUCUUGACGGAGGAGGAAAGCGUGGUGGAGAUGAUAGGAAAGUACUUCUUCCACCACAACUCCCCGGGCCGCGGGUCGAGUUCGGCCCGGCGGGGAAGCGUUGAGAGCUGCGAUGAGAGGGACAGCAGCUGGCCUUCCGCAGAUUUGGAUGCUGGUGUUGAGGACGAACAGCAGCUCCUGCAUCAGGACCUGACCCGGCAGAUGGAGUGCUGUCUGACGGAAGCCAAGCCGUCCGUCCUGCGCUGCCAGGUGCUGCUGCUGCCCCUCAACAUGAUCACCAGGGUCGGGCACCACAUCCUGCUCUCCUCCGCCAAUGAACCCUGCGGGCUCCGGGGCGCCUCCAUCAGGCUGUACGUUGAGGGCAAAGACGGCCUCAAGUCUGUGGGGACCGUCGUUCCGGACCCAAAUGUGACCCCGACCUUUGAACUCUCUGUGGUGUUCAAGGUGGACAAGGAGGAUGGCUGGCACAUCUUUGAUUCUGGAAAAGUGCUGAAGCUGAGGCCGGAGUACCGGCUGAUGAAGAGGAAGCUCUACUCCUCUGAAAGUCCCGUGAUCCACGAGUUCAGCUAGUGGUGGACGGGGACUGCAGUCAUUUCAGUCCAUAGUGAAUGUAAGGCUGUGUACGCUGUGACGUUUCUGUUUUGAUUAACUCUUGUUCAUUUUAUAUAUUAAGAUAGCUGAACCUUUUUGAGCAGGCCCUCAAACUGACUUUGUUUUUGUUGCUUUUUCACUAAUUGUCAGUAUUUUGCACUGCGAGUUGUCUGACUGCUUAAAUUUCAAUCCAGUACUGGGCUGGUCUCACUACUGAAGUGUACUGUUUUUGUAUUUUAUUUGAGACUUAAACUGUGCAAUAAAGUAUUUAUAUGACGUUUUA